AUGUCUGGCCAACACAAUACAGCUGACUGGUUGACACGCGGCAGAGCACCAGAGGAGCUGAACAACGAUUCUCAUUGGUGGAAUGGACCGCCGAUUCUAUACCGACCGAUAGAAGAAUGGGGAUUAAAGUUUAACCCAAAGAAAGAACCACUCCCCGGUGAAAAGAAAGUCCAUGUUGUAGCAGCAGCAGCGAGCGUAGAGGCAUUGUUGAUCGACUAUGAAAGAUUGAGCAAUAUCAACAAAGCUAUUUGGGUCGUCGCGAGAUUGCUAAACAUUGCGAAGAAGAAAAGUUUUAAAGGCGGAAGGACUCUGUCCAUCUCGGUUAAGCAAUUACAAGAAGCCGAGAACUUUAUUGUUAAAGAAGUUCAGAAAUCAUUUGAAAGUGAACUGACAAAAACUGACCGCAAAGGCAGAAAAGGUGGUCGUUUCGCUUGUUUGAAUUCAGUCCAAGAUGAAAGUGGACUCUGGGUAGUGGGACAGCGCCUGAAGAACAAAAAUCCCAAGACAGUGGAUUCUUCGCUGCAAAAGUUAUUGCCCUACCGACAUCAUGUUACCAGACUCUUCAUGCAACGAGCUCACACUUCUGGUCAUAGAGGGCGUGAUGCAACCUUAGCACGAUUCCGUCAACUCUACUGGGUAACCCAAGGAAGCAAACUCGCUCAAUCAAUCAAGAGUAAAUGUCAGAUGUGCAAGCUACCAGAAGCAAAGUUCCUUGAGCAGCAAAUGGGACAAUUACCGGAAGCAAGAUUGAAACCAUCUCCAGCUUUCAACCACGUUAUGAUAGACCUUUUCGGACCCUACUCGGUUCGUGGAGAAGUACAGAAAAGAACAAGUGGUAAAGCGUACGGAGUAAUCUUCAUAGAUCUAGUUAUGAGAGCACUCCCGGGCGCUGAUUCCGAAUUAAACAUCCUUACUCCCAACAGCUUGUUACUGGGCAGAGCAACGGCGAAGAAUCCUGGUGGAUGGCAGCCUAACGGUAAUAAUCCAGGAAAGCGUUAUCAUGUUGUCCAGAUCGUGACAGACGAGUUCUGGAAGAAAUGGACGGAGUUAUACGCCCCAGCCUUGGUUAUUCGUCGCAAGUGGAAUACAGCCAACCGUAACCUGCGCCCAGGAGAUGUUGUAAUAAUCGCCGACCGUAAUACCUUGCGAGGAGAUUACCGUUUAGGUAUAGUACGAGUAAAUGUCAUGUACAAGAAUUUUCAAAUUGGAGAAAAGGUACAAAAAUACAAAGGACAUAACGAGGCUGUCAUUGUGUCACGAAGUGCGCAGCGAUUAUCGUUAUUAGUACCAGUAGAUAUGGAUCAAGACCAGGAAACCAAGUCGGAAGCAAUAGAGAGUGUAUGA